CACACACUUAACAAGAACUCAGAAAGCUUAUUCCUUUAAAAUUGCCGAUUCCUCUUCCCAUUGAAGCAUGGUUCUAGUAUAAUCCAAUCCUAUCUUAUAGUUUGGUGGGUUGAACAUGGAGCCGCCGCCUAAUGGUGAAGAACUCACUUCGUGGGAUGAGCUAUAUAACAUAAAUUUGAUUCCUUCUGAGUUGUUCCUCAAGUUUAGAAAAGAAAUUCAGGGGUUUCGAGUUGGUGUCAAUUUGGAGUUCUUCAAUGCCCCUAUGAAUGAUUUCCAAACUAAGCUUGUGCUGAAACCUUUAUCCCCUGAACGGAGGUGGAAGUUUGCAUAUGAGCCUAUAAGACAAGAUGUACGCCUUAUUUCCAAAAAGAUCCCUGUCACAAAAUUUCUUAAUCUCCAGGUUGGCAUAGGCCACAAUUUCAAGAUGAAUGCAAUUGGUUGGAAAUGGAAGCUCACCACCUGUUUUGGUGGAGAUGGAAUUUCUCGGAUUCGGAAUAAGACAACUCUUGGCUUGGUUCCCGGCCUGGAUUUUCGAUUUGGGUGGAGGGCAGAUUAUGUUCUUCCAGAAGUUACUGGAGCUCUUGGUACCGAUGAAGCAUUGUUCAACUUGAACUCUGGGCGGUUGCAAGCAUCAUUAGAUAGAGUUGAGGCCAUUGUGACUGCCACAUGAUUGGUCAUCAAAACAUCAGCAGGGCCAGCAUGAAUUGAAAGUGAUGGGGUGGUUUUCCAACUCGGUGGCUUGUUUGUAUAGCAUUAAGUAGCCAGGGCAUGAAUGAACCAGAUUUUGGAAAUCAAAUAGUUCCCUGAAAUUAGAUCAUGUUCAUAUAAGGAAAUGGCUUUCAUUAUUCUCCUUUUAUUGUCUUCCCUCACUUGCCUUUUUAUAUGUUAGUUACUUCCAUGGGGAGUCUCCCGGUGAAAUUACUGGUAAAUCAGGUUAUUUAUACUGUUGAGGUUAUUAGAGAGGGUUUGUGAUUUGUCAUGUUCUUUUUUCUCUUUGGAUGAUUGAAAACUUAGUUUCAAAAUCCACAAUGAAGCAGAAAAAGCUUCUAAAUGGACCUAUUUAAGGUAUAGCCCUGUAUAUCAACAAUCUUGUUGGCUACAUAGUCCAUUUACAUUAUUACAAAAGUAAGCUGGUGGCAUUGUGUAGA